AUGAAGGUACGCUUGAGACUUUGGUUGAUCGUGUCGGCCAUGAUGAUGGUGGACGUCCACGUGGACGGAAGAAUUCUGACGCAUUGCGAGGCCAUGCACGAGCUCCAACGAGCUGGCACCUCUAGGACCUACAUCAGCAGUUGGAUCUGCUUGAUGCAGAACGAAAGUGGCAUGAACACUUCGCUGGUCACCGGGCCGAAGAGUGCCUCCAGUUUCAGUUUCGGGAUCUUCCAGAUCAACAGCGCCAAAUGGUGCUCCAGAGGGCAUUCGGGUGGCAUCUGCAACAAACGCUGCGAGGAUUUCGCGAACGACAAUAUUCAGGACGACAUCGUUUGCGCGAACAUGAUCAUGGAUCGAGAAGGUUUCAAGUCGUGGGACCGUUGGAUGAAAAAUUGCAAGAACAAACCGCUGCCCAACAUAUCGAAGUGCAGACGAUGAUCCGUGAACAUUCCGAAUGAAGAAUUGUGACUUGCUGCUAUGCUAUGUCAUGCAGGGCCAGAGUAGCUUGAUUGAAAUAUAUUGUUCGUGCGUUUUAUAUAUUCAGUUGAAGAAUUGUCUUUGGUUGUUAAUGAUCCUCGAGGAAUGAC